CUUCCAAGUAGGGCUGACAUGCCGAGAGUCACGGGGGUUGGCGCCAAGACCCGGUCCCUUCUUUCCUUCUCGUUCUCAGUCGUGGAAUCUCGUCUUCAUUUCCCUCCAUCCACUCGCUUCCGUCGACAUCAAAUCCUCCAACCCCCUCCAAUACUUCGUCGUGAGUCUUUCCCCUCUUUUCUGCGCCCGUCAUUGCGGUCAUUGUGCAGGAGACAACACCUUGCCCAGCACCCACGCGCCGUGGUCGACGAUCGCCGUCCGACCCCGUUACAUCGUUGUCGCGGACAACCGAUAGAAAUCGCAGACUCGCCGACGCUAUUGGUUACUAACGCCUUAUUAACUCCAGGGUCCAUAGUGUUAUUCUCGACUCCGGACACCGAACUCACUUCCAUGCAAUCGGCGUGAGACAUUAGUCGCUCGACCUUUCGUCUGUUUUCUUGUCCUUCUCCACCCUUUCCAUCCGCUCUGUUCCGCCUUCUCCUUUCUCAUCUUUUCCUUAACUUUUACCCUUACUCCCUUCCAUCCAUCAAUUCACUGUCCGGCGGGGUUGCAAUCCACUCUUUGAAGCCCAUCUUUCACGUUCGUUCGCCUCUCAAGUCGAUCUCGCCUCGCACUCCCUCCGGCUUCCCGCCAAGCCUGCUGCGCCUCGCGGCCAAGCAUAUCUCCGUCGCUUUCGGUGGCUUGCUUGACUUGACCGACUUCUCUCAUAUACCAGGAAGGGCCGAUCAAAAGAAACUUAUUGACAUUUAUUGCAUCUAUUGCUUGCAUAGUGCAUGUCAAUCCACGCGUUCGGGAGCCACGGAGGUAUGACCGGUUUCUAAAGACCUCGACUAAAGCGCCGAACGGAGAUCUCGAUUUGUUCGUCUGCACAGGGAGAACCGCUGUUCUUUUUGGCUGUUGCCUGAUGCUACUCGUCGGUCGUUCGGUUCUCCAAACUUAACUUUAUUCUUCAUAUUUCAUAUUCUUUUUAUCCUGUCUAGUUAUACCCAUACUUUCUUUUUCGUUUUCGAUCGAACAACCUCUCUUCGUCUUCCUGGCCGUCAGUCCAGUUCCUCGCGGCCAUGAGGCUUUUCAAGCAUUCGUUGCGCCUUGUGGCAACGACACUUGCACUCCUCACGGCGGGCACUGAUGCCCGGUCGCAAGAGCCCAAUGCUAUCCAACGUGUUUCAACCCUCGAUCAUACAACGAUAAACACGCCCUCUCAUCAAAUAGACCAUCUUUCUCAUUUUGAUAUAACGUUCAACCUUCGCGACAAGAACCAGAGAAUUAAAUUAGAACUAGAACCGAACCAUGACAUUCUCGCCGAAGACGCUUAUGUACAAUACCUAGACGCCGAAGGUAAAGUUCGGAGAGAGGAGGCUAUCCCACGACACGAACACAAGGUCUUCAAAGGAAGAUCCCUGAAGGGGCGAGGGAAGGGCCAGUGGGACCCGGUAGGCUCGGCCAGAAUCUACAUCAAGAAUGACGGACCCCAGCCACUGUUCGAAGGUGUAUUCAGUAUCAACGGCGACAAUCAUCACGUGGAAUUGAAAUCGACUUACUUGGAAAAGAAGCGCUCCCAGGACGUCGACAUUCCCGACCGCAAAGGCGAUUACAUGGUCUUCUACCGUGAUUCUGAUAUGAUUCGACAAAUCCAUACCGAUCUCAAGCGUUCGCUGCCCAUCGAUUCGUCGUGCUCAGCAGACAAGUUAGGCUUCAAUGCCGAUCCCAACCACCCAGUUCUUCAACCUUUAGAGCAGGAGAGCAUGGGUAGCUGGGGGGCAAUGUCCCUGAACUCUUUGUUUGGACUGAGCAAGCGGCAGUCUGAUAUUGGCGGCUCUUCGGGAAAUGCUGGCGGAGUGAAUUUGAAGUCCACUAUUGGUAGCACCUCAGGCUGUCCCAAUACCAAGCAGGUUGCGCUCAUCGGAAUCGCCACCGACUGCGAAUUUACCGGUUCGUUCAAAGACGAAGAAGCGGCCAAACAGUGGGUGAUCAAUACCGUCAACAGUGCAUCCAACGUCUAUGAGAAAUCGUUCAACAUCUCCAUCGGUCUGCGAAACCUGACUGUAACAGACAAAGAAUGCCCUGAAAACCCGCCAUCCUCAACAGAAUGGAACAUGCCCUGUUCUAAGGGGAAUAUUACCUCACGCCUGGACCUUUUCUCCAAGUGGCGUGGACAGCAAAAAGAUGAUAACGCCUACUGGACUUUGAUGAGUGACUGUCCUACGGGCCCCGAAGUCGGAUUGGCAUGGCUGGGUCAGCUGUGCAAUAACGAGGUCUCUAGCGAUGGUUCCAACGCUGUCAGCGGCACCAAUGUCGUCGUUCGCUCCUCGGGGGGUGGAUGGCAAAUCUUUGCUCACGAGUCGGGCCAUACGUUUGGGGCGGUUCACGAUUGUGACUCUCAGACUUGUUCACAGAACCUCGCGGCAUCUUCCCAAUGCUGCCCGCAUACUUCGAACGAGUGUGAUGCUAAGUCACAAUACAUCAUGAACCCCAGCACGGGCCAGGAUAUCACCAAGUUCUCGCCGUGCACAAUCGGCAACAUCUGCUCCGCCCUCGGUCGCAACAGCGUCAAGUCUACCUGCCUUUCCGAUAACCGCGGAGUUACCACCUACACGGGUGGCCAGUGCGGCAAUGGCAUCGUGGAGUCCGGUGAAGACUGCGAUUGUGGCGGGGAGGAGUCUUGCGGCGACAACAAAUGCUGUGAUGCCAAAACCUGCAAGUUUAAGGAUAAUGCGCAGUGUGACGAUGCCAACGAUAGUUGCUGUUCGGACUGUAAAUAUGCCAAGGCCGACACUGUCUGUCGAGCUAGCCGCGGUGAAUGUGAUGUGGAGGAGAAGUGUACAGGAAACUCGAGUACCUGUCCUUCCGAUCAUUUCAAGGAUGAUGGUACGAAGUGCGGUAACUCCUCGUCUGGCUUGACCUGCGCCAGCGGCCAGUGUACCAGUCGGGAUUACCAAUGCCGGAGCGUUAUGGGCAGUCUGCUUCACAGCAAUGACACCAAUGCAUGCAGCCAAUUCAACGACAAAUGCGAGAUCAUCUGCUCCUCACCCGGCUUUGGUCAAUGCGCGAGUGUCAACCAGAACUUCUUGGACGGGACUCCUUGCGGCAGUGGCGGUCACUGUGACAAUGGAAGCUGCAAGGGUUCUAGCGUCAAGAACUGGAUCGAUGACCACAAAAAUGUCGUUAUUGGCAUUGCUUGCGGUGUGGGAGGGUUCAUUGUUCUUGCUAUCCUGUUCUGCCUCAUCAACCGGUGUCGCCGGUCUCGACCGACCGCAAAGCCGGUGCCACCGCGGCCUCCCUACGGCUGGACAGCCCCGAUGCCACCACCACCGCGCCCUCCCAUGGGCCAGUGGCCCAACGUACCGACGCGAGGAUACCAGGGACUAGCCACAGAGCCUCCUCCCCCUCCUUAUCCCGGCCCAUCGUACAACAACCCCGGGGGCGCAGGGUACAUGCCGCCUCCGGCGCGAUACGCAUGAGCGUGCCGCACUCGAUGUUCUUUCCAUUCUACCAUCUUGCUUUUUGAUUUAAGAUGCAUAUAUCUAUGCGAUGAGUGUCUGUUUGCAUGACGAAUCUGUAAACACUUAUUGCAUCCUGACGAUCCUUUUAAUUGGCACCGGCGCAGACAUAGAUCUUUUAUUCUUGUUAUUUCUUGCUUAUAUUGGAAGAUAUCAUAUCUCUUUUCAUCUGGCUAAUACUAUUCAUUUUCUCUUACAUUUAUAUGUCUGUUAUUCUUCCCGUAUCUGUACUGCUUGCUUUCGGAUUGCUCCUUCGUGUGUGUUCCUACUGGAUAUGUCGUGUCAACCCUGUUAUCUGUACAAUCAUGAUUAUCUAUGGAUGACCCUCGGCAUCCAUGAUCAUAUAACCAGCCAGUGUUUUGAAUGCAUGAGGUGAUGAUCUUCGUUUGGAAUUGUAGGGAAUAAAAACAAAGUCCAGAGAAAUAGAAGAAAUAAACAGCUAGGCGCCCACCCAAUGCCCAAACAAAAGCAGCCAACAAUAAACUAAACACUUCACCUAGAAUGGCGAAUGCAAAAACCAAAUAUCGGAAAACCAAAAAGAAAAAGACCAAAAUGAGAAAAACAGUGAGAUCCCCUGGUGUCCAAUGCACCAGUUAUCUCGUGGACAUUGCGUCCUCCGUCCUUUUUUGCUCUGCUCUCUCUCCCCUUGACCGGAUCACUGAACCAACCCACUAUUUUUGAUAGAUAGAGUAUGUAUGUAUGUGUAUGCCCGGACCGAUGACCGUUGAUCGUUCAGCGUUGAUAAAUAAGAAAGAAGACCGUGCCAAAACACCCUAAUGUCAAAAAAACAAAAGCAAAAGAGGAAAUAAAAGUUGUACAAAACACCAAGUAUCACUGCCAGCAGAUACUCACAAACGCCUCCCUCGUAACACCGCCCACGCCCUCCAGAUCGAACUCCUCGAUCAUAGCGCGCAGCUCCUCCUCCUCGAGGCCCGUCUCGCCCAACUCGCGCGCCACGCGUCGCAGAUCCUCCAAAUCGAUGUAUCCCUUUCCGCCCUCGUCGAAGAGUUCAAACGCCCGCAGGAUCUCGUCGCGCGGAUCCCGCUCGAGGAUCUUCAGCGCCGUGACGGCCUGGAAGGCAGAGAGCGGCAUGAGCAGGUUGGAUGGGUGUUGGGGGUUCGUGGCCGGCGCGGCGCGCGACUGCUGCUGGUGCUGUGAUUGUUGGGCUGCGGCUUGUUGGACUUGGGGGCGGGGUACGCCGUAGGUCGUUAGGAGGGAGAUUAGUUCUUGUUUGGGGAGCGUGAAGCCGAGGGCGCGGAAGGCGACGCGGAGUUCGUGGUAGUCGAGGUGUUGGUCGCGGUCGAGGUCGAAGAGUGUGAACUAUUUUAUGGGGAGGGGGGGAGGCUGGGUUAGCUAUGUUUGUAUUUGGGGUUCCAUUGAGGUUUGUUUCAGAGGAUUGGUGUAAUAGUUGCGUCUCUUGUAAGGACGGAGAACGGAUGGAAGGAUUUAUGCAUGGACUCGAGGCAACGAGGAAUAGAAUCUCUUACAGCUUCAUUGAUCUCCUCACGCUGCUCCUCCGUUAACCGACUCAGCGGAUUCGAGUCCUGCGAGGGACCGUGAGUCUGCGAAUGCACCGGGGGAGCCGGGGCCUGCUGCGAGGCUUUGGCCGCCUCGGGCCCAAAGUCGCUAGGUCCGGGCCCGCCUAGUCGUUGCCGCGAGAACGACGAAGCACUGAGUGGCAUCGCAUUGGCAUUGACGGAUCGAUCGGGCAAUCUGCCUGCGUUGUAGGAGCGCGUCCCGAACGGUGGCUGAGCGGACGCCAUGGUGGUGGGAAUGAAUCCCCGGGAAGGAAAGGGGGAGGAAAGAGAGCCGGUAUUUGCACUGGGAGACACAGACGAGAAAAGGCAAUGGCGCAGAGGAGAUGAAACGAGGUCUUUUACGUCGAGGGGUGGACGCCGUGGAUGGUGGAUGGAUUGUCUGCGGCGGUUGCGACGACGCGAAUUCGGAGGACGCGAGGCGGUAAGCAGAGCCCGCGUUGCUUGGCGGCGGUGGUUACAGA